GUUUAUUUCAGUUUUGAGAGGAAUGAACCUCGGAUAUCCUAUAAAGAUAUUACUUUGCAUUAAUGUGGCUACAGUUUAAAUAUUCCUCGCUGGUUUAGUUUAGUCUUCACGGCUGAGCGACUGAACUAUGACCGACAUGAGAGGGCGCAGCCGCUGUCACAGAGUUUGCAUGUGACUCGACCAGUGGCGUCAAUUCAGUCUUACUAAGCCAAGGUGUGGCGGCUGCCAUACCUUGCCAUACCCAAUUGACGCCCCUGGACUCGACGUGUGUUGACAACGAGCCUGAUGACAGUGAUGGAGGCGCCGGCCGCAGCCACCGGCUUCAACUUCACCCACAUGGAGGAGGAUGCAUCCAAACCUCCCGACCUCUCCUCCUCCAUGUCCAUAGAGAAGCUGCUGCCGGCUCUGCUGGAGUGUUUCGGGAUAAUAUUGUGCGGGUACAUCGCAGGGAAGACGAACAUCAUCACCUCCACUCAGGCCAAAGGAUUGGGGAACUUCGUGUCCAAGUUUGCGCUCCCUGCGCUGCUGUUUAAGAACAUGGUUCUCCUGGACUUCAGCGACGUCAUCUGGCCAUUCCUGUGGAGCAUCCUCAUUGCCAAAGUGUCUGUGUUUUGCAUUGUGUGCCUCCUGACUCUGAUAGUCGCCAGUCCUGCCAGUCGCUACAGCAAGGCUGGAAUCUUCUCCAUAUUUGCCACCCAGAGCAAUGACUUUGCCUUGGGGUAUCCAAUAGUUGAAGCCCUCUACCGAAGCACAUACCCAGAGUACCUCCAGUACAUCUACCUGGUGGCACCUGUGUCCCUGAUACUGUUAAAUCCCAUUGGCUUUGCCUUCUGCGAGAUCCAGAAGUGGAAGGAUCAGAAAAACCACCAACAGCGCAAACUAGUGAUCGUGGGACAUGUGCUGCUGCAGGUCCUAAAGAACCCCAUUGUUUUCAUGGUUGUGAUUGGCAUCAUCGCCCACUUUGUCCUGCACCAGACAAUCCCUCCUUUCAUGGCGGAGUUCGUGGACGGCCUGGCCAACUCUUUUGGAGGAGCAGCUCUGUUCUACUUGGGUCUGUCCAUGGUGGGCCAGCUGAGAAAACUAACCAGAUCCACAGUCGUCACACUGAUAUUACUCAUCACUGCAAAACUAUUAUUAAUGCCCCUGAUCUGUAAGGACAUGGUGAAUCUGUUGGACAACAGCAACACCAGCUCCUUGAACCACUCCAGCCUCUCCGAUUACGCCUUUCUUUAUGGAGUGUUUCCUACUGCACCAAGUGUGGCCAUCUAUGCCGUCUAUUAUAACGCAGAACUAGAAGUUGUGACCUCUGGAAUGGUGAUCAGCACUUUUCUCUCUGCUCCGAUAAUGUACGUCUCGGCCUGGUUACUCACGGUCCAGUGGAUGGACCCCCAGCUGCUGAUCAAUUCACUGCAGAACGUCAGUUUUAAUACAAGCAUAGUGAGCUUAGUUGCACUGGUGUGGACAAUUGCUGUUAUGUUUUUAAGUAAGAAAUUCAAGAGACUACCUCACAUGUUUACAGUCAACCUUUUCUUGGCGCAGCUGCUAACCUGCAUCGGGAUGAUCCUGUGGAACUUUGUGGUGAAGGAAGACAACUUCAUCGGGCAGGUCCUGACCUUCGCCUUGUUAUGUACUUCACUCUACAGCAGCUUCAUUUGGCCAGCUUUCAUUGCACUGUCCAUUGUGCUCAUGAAAAGGUACGAUGAUCUGAGAGGGUCGCCAGGCUUGUUGGUCAUCGCUGGCUGGGGGAUCCCGACUUUAGUAACUGCUGUUCUGCUGGUUUCUGGGAAAAAGAUACCUGAUACUAUUGAUUGUUCUUUCUUCUAUGGCAGACUGCAGAUCAUUUGCACUACGGUUGUAGUCAGUUUCAGCAUCCUCCUGGGAGGAGGCUCACUCGUGUGUCUCAGCAGAGGAAGCUGGGCCCAAAGUGACCCAAAUCAAGGGGGAAACUCUUCAUUCUACAACGCAGAUGAUCGUGUGAUUGAAGCUGAACCAGAAAACCAGACUCUGAUUGAGUCGGUAACCCCAGAAGGAGACAGAGAAUGCGUCAUGUGUGAGUGUGCUCCACCUCUGCCCAUGCCUGACAUGAUCAUUGGCACAACCAUGAGCGACGCACCAACCACAGACACCGUUCAGUGCGACAACAGGUGCGUGUCAACAGACUGCCUCCUCACCAAGAUGGAGGAGACCCAGCAGGUCGCAGAGAGACAAGUGGUCCGUCACGUGCUCAUGUGUUUGCUUCUGACUGUCAACCUGCUGGUGAACUUAUCCAGCUGCCUGUGGCUGCUCUACGACGAGGAUCCUGGAAAACUCUAUCUGGAGCUGCAGUUCUUCUGUGCUAUAGCCAACUACGGACAGGGCUUUCUCUCCUUCGCUCUUUUUGGACUGGACAAGCAUUUGAUUUUACUGCCAUUUAAAAGGUUAUAUAAUCAGUGGUUUAGAAAGAGACGGAACGAACAGCCACAACCGGAUUUACCUGAUGACAUCAGAAUGACCUGCACCCAGUUCACCAAAUACCACAAACAGCAGUGUUUUCAUGACAUUGUGAGGAAAAGGAGGUGUGGAGAGAAGACCUCGGUGGACUGUUUCCUGGGCUGUGAACUGGUGGAGUGGCUGCAGCGGGUGGGUUUGGUGCAGGACCGCGGCGCGGCUGUGCAGUACGGCACCAAGCUGCAGCAGGGAAGUGUGCUUCAGCACAUCAAGGAGGAAUACAGCUUUCAAGACGGCCAACUCUACUACUACUUUAUUGCAUAAAACAAAGGUGGCAACGCAUUUCAUCACAACGAUUCCACUACAAAUUGUAUCCCUUAGAUAUCAGACGUGGAUUUUAGGUGUGAUCAGAAGUGCGACACACUUUUGAAGCUAAAAAUAACACCGGGCAUUGUGCAUUUUAUAACUAAGAACUCACUGUGUGGUUAAAUUCUGUAUAUUUAACAUUUGUGAAAUGAGAAAUUGCAGCUGCCUUGGUUUUAUGGUCGCUCAGCAUUUGUCGACGUCUACCAGAUGUCCAGAUGAGAAUAAACCUCACUGUGGUCAUAUUAUCAGCAGGUGAGGUGGUCUCAGCAGUUAGUCUGCACUGCUUGAAAACAGGGAUAUAAAUCUGCCAAUUUCUAGAUUAUUAGACUAGAUAAGGGAUUGCUGGUUUUAUGAGGUCAAAUAAGACUUUGAAAGACUAAGAUUUUAACUUUCUAUGCAGUCAACACACGUGCUAUGAUUUACUGUUGUUUUAUUUGAUGCUUUUAUGUAAUUGAUUAGGCACAGAACGGUUUUUACAUUAACCACAUUAGUUGGUUGGUGCAGGGAAAAACGGGGCUCAAAUGUAUCUGCUGAAUGUAUUUUUGGGGUGUUUUUUUCAAAACGUUGAGACCCCUGCACAUAUUCACUCCAAGAACAAAGUCGCUCCUUUAUCGGGAGUAAAGGGAAGAUGGGAUUAAGUUUCAGUUUUUAGCAUUUUGCCAGGUUGUUUACUAAUCUGGAUUUAGGCACAAGUUUGGUUGUUUAAAUAACUUGAAUGUAAAAUGUGACUUUGCAUUAUGGUAGAACAGGGUAUAGAAAAUGAACCAGAAAUGUUUUUGAAUUGUUAUUAACAUUAAUAUUGUUAUUUGGAUCUCUUAGAAUUCUUCAACCAAAGAUGUAGACCAUUCUCAACGCUUCAUCUUUGUGGCUGUGGCCAUAUUGAUACAUUUCUGUAUAUUUGUUUUAAAUAACAAACUCAUGGAGCAGGAUUUGUAGCAUAACAUUAUUUCAGGUUUAAUUUAUUUAUACUGCAAACCCUAUCUGCUUUUUAGCAGGUUAUGUGUGAAAAGAUUGUUACAUGGGAAAUAAGGGACAACAAAAUUACUCCUGCAUGUUGACAGUGAGAGGUUCUCCCGACUCUUCUGUCGCUCUACUGAGGGACAUGCCUGGAUCUCUGGAGAGUUGGAAAACCUUUGAUUCUGGGACUUUUUUUCUUCUUUUUUCAAAUUUGUUAACCUUGGUGCAAUAGAAAAUGAUCCGACAGACAUAAGUAGGCAGUAGGCCGUGUAUGUUUUGCCAUGUGCUUGCUUUCAGGAGCCUUUAACUGUGCUAGUUCACCCUGAAAGCAACAAAGCAGAAAGUGUCUGACAUGCCAAGUUAGAGAACAUCCAAAUGUCAUUUUAAUCAGAUCUACCGUGCCUUAAUCGUGUGGCUGACACUGAUCUUGAGAAGCUUAUUAAUGUACACAUUCACUUGUGUAGAUGCUCUGAGCUUGAAUUGCGCAAAUCCCUUAUGUUUGUUUUCUAGAUGAAAAUAUGUGACUAUUUCUGCCAACGUUGCUCGAGAUCUUGAGUUAGAAAAUCCGGGUUGAUUGGAGUUGGUGACUAGUGGCAUCUUAACAUGAUCCCAAAUGUUUGUCCACCAGAGGAUAACCAGGGCUUACUGAUCGUACCUCGUGGUCGUGGUACUCAGGUGUGUGUACUUAAUAGUACUCAUCUUGACUAAACUUCUGCACAUAAAGCUUCAAAACCAAAAUUUGAUGCUGCUAUUAUAUUCUUCAGGGAAAUAACUAUGAAAGUAAAGAUUAAUUCCUUUUCAUGUUUUUUUUUUUUAGAAGCCAAAAUAAAAUUAUAAUAAUUUGAAAUGUUGAAAAAUGAUUACCGUUAAUGACAUUUAUUGUAAUGCAAUGUAUAUCACACUCUGUGUCAAAGGUUGCAAAUAUAAAUGAUAAUAUCUGUUUCAGAAUUAUUGCUAUUUAUCACCCUCGAUAUACAUACAACAAACUUGUUGUUUAAGCAUUUCAAUUGUUCAUUAGAGAAAAGCACAAAAACAGUAAUCCAUAUUUUGCAUUAUUUGCAUUUAUUUAAUUUACUACUGAUGUUUUGUGUGUUUAUUUUCAGUGGUGUUGAGAUUGUAUUCAAGCAUGUACACACUGGUACCUGAUUAAAAGCUGAACUCAGAAACAGCUUGCUACU